AUUCUCGACAUUUGUUCUGCCAACACUUUCAAUUCCUUUUUCCUCGAGGCGGCUUUAUUUUUAUUUUUAUUUAUUUUUUUUGUGAAAGAAAAAAAGGAAUUUUUAAGUGAUUAGAAAGGUUAAUUUCAAAUGGUUAAUCCUGAAGAAUUUGAUUGGUAACUUUUAGUGUGAUGUUUUGCAAGUGAUUUCGCGAAUGAGUGUUGUUUUCUAAUGAAGAAAAAUUAGAUCACAUGGAGAUUAUAUAUGAUCUCAUUGCAUAAUUUCUCUUACUCUUUCCAAGAAGAUGAUCUUUUGCCAUAAAAUUUAAAUUUAUAUUCUUGCUUUCUUUGCAUCUUAAAUUGCAGUUUGAAAGUCUCUCUCUGAAUUUUACUUGAGCUCAAUUUUACUGGCGAUAGCUAUCUUUAGUGUUUUUACGGUGAUCUCGUAGCAAUUUUGAGUUUGCUGAGUCUUUUGAAUGAUGGAUUAGGUAAUUUUGAUAAGAAAUCGCGACAAAGUUUGUAGCUCUGUGUCUUGGAAAUUGUCCAAUAUUACUGUCUUACUUACUUUACCCAAUAUUGUGAUGCAAUUGAACGAAGAAAUGGGUACCAAUUGAGUAAUUUUUCACCUCACAAUUUCACCUUCUUGGAAAUCUUGAUUUGCAUAAUAUUGAAGGUGACAAGAUGGAAAAUAAGGAAAAGGGGUGGAUUGUUUAAACACCAUCUCGAUAAGAUUUCCAGUCUUUCUUUUUGCCUCUGAAAAUAGAAGAGAUUUGCACAUUUUGUCUUGCGAUAAAAUUGUCACGAGCUUCUUGAUAAGCUUGAUAAGGCCCCAAUAUAGAGAAACAAUUGGAGCUUCAGAGUUUAUCGCUUCGAGGAAAUAGUCUUAAAAAUUUUUGGGGAUUAUACUAAAUACUAAACUACUUCAAAGUGGUAUUAUCCUACAAAACGAGCCCCUCAGUUACUCCAUUAAAACUCAUUUCCAAACACUCACAGAGAUUACUCAUUAUUCUGUUACAUGUUUAUUUUUCGGGGAGGCAAAAAAAAAUUGCAAAUGAGACAUAAUUAAAAAGCUAUUAAAGCUAAAUUACUUUCUCCUCACUGAGGAUCAAAAAAAAAAGCAAAUGAAAAUUGAUAAUUCUGCAGGAAAUGGCAAGGUGACAGUAAUUUGGGAAGAGCAGGUGAAUUGUGUCCGGAAAAUCAGCAAAAGUGCCACUAAUUGUAAAGCUGCAAAAAGUGUCUCUAUCCAGUUGCUAUAAAAGAUGUGUUGAGCUAGAAAAAAAAGCGGAAGUUUUCAAUGAAAAUAAUUUGAUUAAUCGAUUUUGUGUGUUGGAGAAACCAUAAGUGAAUUAUGGUCAAUUUGCCUGGAUAUCAAUUGCAAAGGCAAUCAUUCAAUGAUUCAUCAGGGUAUGGAGAUGGGGGUGACAUAGACAACAAUGACAUUCAAGGAUUGCUUAAUGACACUGAUUCUGAACUAUCGUCAUUAUCGCACCUUGAUGCUCCAGACGAUGUUAUUAAUGUUGUUUAUGGAGUUGUUAUUGCCAUGCUCCUUGUUGGUGUUAUUAUCGUCCUAGUCGCAGUUACAAUCAGUAAACUACGGAAACGUGAAGAGAGUUCCAGUUCAGUCACCGUGGAGGCUCCAACACAGAUUGUUCCGGCUGUGCCAGAAGCUCCAGUCACAUACAGACAGAAUCCAUCAAGUGUCUGGGUCUUUCCACCAUUGCCGCCCCAGCCAAAUCUCUACUGUGCUAAUAGUCAAGAUGCACUCGUGCAGGCAAAUGAACGGAAUGGCCUGAAGGGCUUCAAGAGGCAACUCAGUGGACGUUUCAAGAGACUCAUCUCGAGGAAACCUCAUGAACCGUCUCCGGUGAUACCGCCUGAACUCAAGCCACAGCUCAAGACGAUCUACGUAUACUAAGGAUGAAGUUUUUUCUUUCGUUUUAGUCAGGGAUCUUCAGGAAGGUAUUCUGUGGGGAUUCUUUUACAUUUUUUCCCGAUGGUAGUUUCUUAAGGAACUUCUUGUUUUUUUUUUAUUUUAAGUUAAAGAAUUCAACAAAAACAAUUUUUACUUAAUUUGCUGGUAGAUGAAGAGUUUUUUUUUUCAGUUUCAAAUUGCAAAUUUAAUCAUCAGAUCAGCUGAAGAUUAAUUUUUUGCAGAAGAAAUUGGUUUUUUUUAACUGAUAAAAAAAUGACGUAGCAAAAGUAAAAUUCACAGAAGAAAUCAUUGAAGACCAAUUUAGAAUUAAAAGAGAAGAAAAUAGUGAAAAUAUUGAAGAUGAUGAAACGUUAGAACGAACCAAAUUAUUUUUGGGAUAUUCGUGAAGGACCAUUAAAGAAUAAUUCUUUUUAAAAAUGCUAAUAAGAAUUUUUGUUUUUCCUUUGAUAAUUCACACACAAAGACUGAUUCAAUGAAGCAUCAAAGAUGAUCUGUUUUCUCUGCGGCAAAUUCUUGUGGAAAGCCUUUUUAUCAAUUUCAAAAAGAAUUUUCCCAGCUUUUGUCUUCUCGAGAUCAAAAGCAAUUUUCUCUAGAAUUUUUCCCACAGAAAAGCAUUCAUUCAACAAAAAAAUUGCAAGGUUUGAUUGCAAAAGAUUUUAAAGAGAAUUAAGAUAAAAAUAGAAAUAAACCUUUCUUUUUUGCAUUUCAAUUUCAAAAAAACAAAACUACGAGUAAUAAUCUUUGUGGAAAAAAAAUAGAAAAUGUGCACGAGAAAUGAGAGAAUAGAGACCCACUAAGUAGUGAAAACAAUGCACAAUUUUGUAGAAUUAAAAAUAGAUGUUUCCUUGAAGAGAAUAAAGUUUAAAGAAAGGAGGAGGUGGUCUAUUUUUUGUGGACCAAAAAUAAAUCCUCCCAAAAAAGUGAUUAUUUUGCAUAAUAAAAGAAAACACUAAAUAAUUAAAUUAUAGAGUCGUUACAUGAUAAUCAACAAGAUACUUUCCAGCGAUUAGAGUCAAAUAACAAAUAAGAAAAAAAAACGGAAAAAUACGCUGAGAAAAUCCCAUAUUGAAGAAAAAAAAUAAUAUUUUAGAAGAAAAAAAAACUAAUUAACGAUUCACUCACAUUGAGUGGAAACUUUUAUCAUAAAUCCAUUUAUUUUCUCUUUAGUUUUCCCUUCUGCCUCAAUAUUAAGCACACACAAGACACAACAAAAGAUAGAAAAAAGUAUAAUAACAAAAAACAAUUAUUAUAAAGGAAAAAAAACUCCUGUAUUUUUAGCUGAGGUAGGAGGAAGAUUAAGAAAAAAAACAAUCAUAAGUUUUCCGAACUAAUGUGUAUUAUUGAGAAAUUAUUCUUGAGAGCUGUUUAAAUAAAUUAUGUACUAUUUACAUUAAUUUAACAAUACAAGAAAAUUGAAAAAAAAAGAAACGAAUAAAAAGCAAUAUUGAUGAGAAA